UCCUUAUUGAAUCAAAUAAAUCGAUUCUCAGGAAAAGAAACACUUUUAUAAAAACACGAAAUAAAAACUACCAAUAUUAACCCAUAAUGACGGACUUUAGCAUUGCCAAGUUUAGUAACUAUCAGGAGUAUUUGCUCUCCUUUACCACCGUCGAGGACUUUCGGUACUUGCCGUUCCACAAAACAGUCACUACUCUCACGAAACUCGGCUAUCGGGAGCACCGCACUUUCUAUGAGGAGGAUGAGUUCCUGAACGUAAAGAAGCAGGUGGAACAGCUCCUGAAUCCCACAGUUUCUGCCCAGAUAUACUACAGUCAGUACUUCAAGGGAACCGAUCCUGCUCUAUGGGCUUUGGCCGAACGCGAACAUGGCAAUGUCCAGCAGGAGAUAUCGACUAUUAUCUUUCUUGAAAUUAGCGGUAGAAGUGGCUUCUCCAAGUCCGGCUAUAUCGACUUUGAGGCCAGCCUGCGUAACUAUAGAUUCAAGGGACCAAACGCCGUCGACUGGCGUGCAGUUUUCGAGGAGCGAAAGAUGCUGAAACCCCAGCCGAGCGACAUCGUUUUCUAUGACUGGAAAACCAGGAAAAUUUUUGCCAAUGACAACGACAACUAUACAGUGGUAGCUCAUCCGGAGCAUGGCCUCAUGUUUGCCCACAAAGGCGAUCACAAGAACAUCCCGGUGACCACCAAAAAGAAUCCGUUUUCUUCCAACGUAAGGCGUUCCAUGAUCAAGUCUGGUCUGUAUGGUUUUAUAAUAUUGUAUGACCAUCAUGUACGGAAGAAGACCUAACUUAUUUUUGAUUAGAGUUCAAACUUGACUUUACUAAAAUGCAAAUUCUGGGAUAUAGAAUGAAUAAUACGAAUUUUUUAUCCCAACUAA